ACUACUUGAAAUAAUUGAUUUGCCGUUGCUAGGGGGAGCUGUGACAGUUGUCGGCAGCGGUGUGGUGAGAGGCGUGUCCUGCACCCACACAGACACACCCAGCAGGGUCAGAGCAAGAGAAGGGGCGGCUUCUGGCCGCUGAAGACCACUCAUGGUGUAGUGCUAACCGUAACUGCCAGAUGGAGAAGCGGAGGAUGGAGUGCCCGGCGCUGCCCGCCGGCUGGAAGAAGGAGGAGGUCAUCAGGAAAUCCGGGCUAAGCGCUGGCAAGAGCGAUGUCUAUUAUUAUAGUCCAAGCGGUAAGAAGUUCAGAAGCAAACCUCAGUUGGCAAGGUACCUGGGAAACACUGUUGAUCUUAACAGUUUUGACUUCAGAACGGGAAAGAUGAUGCCCAGUAAAUUGCAGAAGAACAAACAAAGAAUAAGACACGAUCAUCUCAAUCAAAAUAAGGGUACAUCUGGCCAGUCAAGGACCCGUGAGGAUCUGCCUGGUGCUGAGAGGGUAGGGGAUGAAGUACACUUAACAGUAAAAAUAAUUAUAGAGCCAUAUUAUAUUUUGCAAAAUGCAUUAUGUGACCCGAAACAUCUUGUUAAAGAGUCAUGGCAAAUGGUGCCUAAAAUAGAAGGAGCCAUUUCUACUCUGGUGGAGACUCAUCUGGAGGAGAUGCAAGAUAGGUUUAAGGCUCUCAAGUUAGCCAACUCCUUUAUUUCUGAUGCUAUUAUGCAAGUUAUUAAGCUAGGAGCCAAGAUAUCUGGCUUCGAUGUGCUAGCUUGCAGGGCGUUGUGGUUGAAAUCAUGGUCAGCGGAUGCUACUUUUAAGUCCAAGCUUCUAGCGCUUCCUUAUAAGGUUAUGGAGGAUUCGGAUGCUGAGACUGUUCAAAAUUCAGAUUCUUCUACUUGUGAAGAAUGUGAAUUGGCCCCGUUGACACAGCUUUUCUGGGAGAAGAGACUUCAAGGACUCUGUGCAUCAGAUAUAACUGAACAAGUUAUACAAUCGAUGGAGCUUCCUAAAGGACUUCAAGGUGUGGGUCCAGGUAAUAAGGAAGACACCCUCCUUUCAGCGAUUGCUAGCGCCUUGCACACAAAUUCUGCGCCAAUCACUGGUCAGCUCUCUGCAGCUGUGGAGAAGAACCCAGCAGUUUGGUUAAACACAUCACAACCACUAUGCAAAGCUUUCAUAGUCACAGAUGAGGAUAUUCGAAAACAAGAAGAGCGAGUACAGCAGGCUCGAAGGAAACUUGAAGAAGCGAUAAUGGCUGAUCUUAUGUCACAUGCUGAUGAGAUCUCAGACUUCGCUGAUGAGUCUUUGCAUACGGACAAUUAACAAGCACUUAAUACGGCAAAUCGGCUAAAAGGCACUGAAGAAUUUCCGUGAGCCAAGACAAAAAUGAUUAGCUUUUUCAGACAAGAUGGACGUGCACAUUUUUAUUUUUUUUUAUUUUUAUUAUAGCAAUAAACUAAUGCCUUGCUAGAAUCCUAUUUUUGAUGUAUAUAUGUAUUCUGAAAUCUUUAUUUUUGUGUCCAGAAUAGUCUAUUCUUUUAAAGUGUAAAGUAAUAAUAUUAAUAUAAACCAAAGUUUUAAAUAAGGACACAGUAAGCGGGUAUUCUAGAAUAUGUUUUAUAUAGUAGUGUCAUUUACAGAGACAAUCUUUGUAUGUUUUGAUGGGCAAAUAUAGUUAUUCAGGUGUAUUUUAAUAUUAUCUUAUACCUCAGCUGCAACCUCCUUGUAUAUUCCUCCAUCAUGUGUAAAGUAAAAAAAAACCUUAUAUAUAUAUAUAUAUAUAGAUAUAAAUAAAUAGAUAUAACGGAUUUUAAGUUUAAAACCGAAGGACUGUGGAAUUCUUGAUUAUUUUUUUUUGUACUUAUUUUUUUAUGCAACGUUUUACAAGAGUUUGGUGCAUUUUAACCUUUUUUUUUUUUUUGCUGGGUGUAAAAUAGGUAACAGUCAGUCAUGAUUUAAAAAUGUAAAAGAAGAUCUUGAAUUUAAAGGGACCGUAAAACAUAAAAAAAUGUAAGCCUAUUUACUGUGCCCAGUAUUGUAGUUACAACCAAUCCUUAUGAUAGAAUUCACAGAAGUUGUCUGUCCAGCCCCUUCUUUUUAUAUUAGAUUAAUCAGGAGGUACAGUCAGAAGCCAUUGAAAAAGAUGUGUGCUUAGUCUUAAACAUCAACUCAGCUAAAUGUCCAUAUGGCUUCUCAUAGGCUGCACUUCCCAAUUUCUCUGCUUUAAAAAAUAAAAUACAAAAGCUUUUAUAGAGGGGCUGGUCAGAGGAGCUAGACCGACCCCACAACCUUGGGGCUCAAAAUAAAUAUGAAACAUAGCAAAUUUCAACCUGGUCGGAGGAUGUAACAGCUAUACAGAGCUUAGUGAAUAAUAUGCCUUAAAGGGAAAUGAAACCCAACACAUUUCUUUCAUUAUUCAGAUAAAGUAUACCAUUUAUCAAUUUUGCUUCAUUUUUUUUAGUAUCUUUUAAUUUAAAAGGACACAACACCUGCUGAAAACUUUUUCUGAGGAAUCAAAAUAAACUAAUACACUGUUCUCAAUACUGUAUGUU